AUGGAAUUAACGAUCACACGUAUACAAGCGUUUUCUUCAAAGAGUUGUAGCAAUCAAAUAUUUGAUAUUCUUAAUAAUGAACAAACAGUUAGUGAACUCACAAAUGGUAUUGCCGAAUUUCAAAAUUUAUCUGUUGCUGCUCAUACUGUGAAGAGAAAUCGUCAAUUUCUUUACCUCCAACUUUUAAAUGAAAUGAGUGAGAAUCAUCCAAUUCUAAAGAAUAUAACUCACCUGAGAGAGGUAGCAGACCCUAUCGUUACGUUUUAUGGGAUAACAUGUUUACACAGAAACUUAGAGAAGUACAAAGCAAGGCUGAUGUACCCAGAGCUUGUGAGAAAACUUGAAGAACUGAAGGAAAGAUAUGGUGAUCUUUUCCAACCAAACGCUGCCUCUCUUUCAUGGCUCAAAGAAGAAGUGCGUUAUUAUACAGAAGAAAAUAAUGAUCCUCUAGAAGACUGUUUAGCCGAUUUCACCAGAGAAAACCCAGCUGAAAUAUUGGGGGAGAAUAUGAAUAUUAGUUGA